CCGCAAUUUCAAAUGGGGAACGAAGAGAAACUUCUGUCCCUUAUUGAGUUCUCGAAGUCAACUGUACUUCCAGGACGAAGAUGUCGACAUGGAACGUGCUACAAACGGCAGCGGGGAUCCUGAGGUGCUGGAUGUUGGCAACAGGGUGCCAGGAGAAGAUGGGAUAUGACGUUGCACCCUUUCCAACCGACUUGACGUACACAGACAUCCCACCACCGCCAGCGCCUGAACCCAUCUCGUUGAGAACUCUUCCAUUACCACCAUCGAUCGCGAGCGAUGAGCCCGGAUCCUGCAAUUCGACCAUCAAUCCCCAUGGCACUGGCUGUAUGGUCAUGAAAAAAGGCUUCCAAGCCGGAGACUUCCUCCCAGACGGCGCCCAUGUCCUCGCACGAGUAACGUUCACUGGCGCGCCUCUAUCUCCAUCCCCAGGAAGCAUCUACACCGGCGAGCAGGUCAUCAUCAUAAAGACUGAUGGAUCAUUGUUUCCCAAUGGUGACGCCUGGAAAUGCAUCACCUGCGGCCUACCAUCCCAGAACACUAUCGACAUGAUCCCCGGCUUCCACUACCCUCAAUCCUUCCGCGAUAGCCAGCGCUUGCUCAUCGGCAGCAAUAUCCUCACAUGUACCCCGUUCAACCUGACCGACCCCCAAUGCACGCCGUCAAAAACUCACAUCUACCCUGUCCGCUGGAACAACCCGGCGUCCAACGGCUUCGGCGCCAUACGAGAGCUUCGCCUACACCCCGACAAUGCCCACAUAGGCUUCAGCGCCUUCACGCUUUACGAAGACAAGACACCUGGCCAGCUAUGCUACUACGCCCGCCUGGAAUUCAACCCGUCCGACCCUCACCCCGGCUACGAUCUCACAAACGUCACGACUCUACUCUCGGCCACGGGCCCCAAACCCUACUCCAUCUCCGGCAGAAACAUCCACAUCGACUCCAGCGCCCUCGCAAUCGGCGAACUCCGCGGCUUCACACCCUCAGGCGACGAAGUAAUCUAUAUUGGCCCGCCGACCGAAUCCUCCAACGUCGACGUCUUCGCAGCCCAUCUCCGCACCGGCGCCGUCCGACGCCUGACAUCGCACCCAGACUACUGCGACCCGAUCACGUACUCCCCAUCCGGCGACUCGAUGGUCGUGAUGGACACGCGCGCGUCUGGACGCAUGAUGUGGGCAUCCGGCAUGCGGUCCGUCCCGCCGCUGAUCGACCUGGUAACUCUCGUCGUGGCCGCGGGGUUACGCAACAACGGCCAGCGAAGGUUCUUUCAGCCUUGGCUUCUAGAUCGUUGGGGUGACCGCGGGACGUACUAUGGACAGCAGGUGAAUGCGAAACUUGAAGGAAGACAGGGCACGCCGGGGAGCGGGGCGUUCGACGACCCGGAGUGGAAUUCCCUCGCGGACCCGAGAUGGUCGCUCGAUUCGACGCAGCUGGUGUAUGCGCAGGCGCAGACUACGUACCCGGAAUGCGGAGGUGAGAAUCCGUUGCCGUGUUAUGAGUCCAAGGAGCCGUUUGGGAGGAGACAGAGGCUGGUUGUUGCGACGUUUACGGGGAGAAAGCCAAGGGUGCCGGCGACGGUGGAGUUUGAUGCAGAUGAGGUGGUGUGGGGUACGAAGUACGUCCCUGGCGAGGCGCCGAAGAAACAACUCGAUGUGCCGGGCGGGAGGUACAUCCUUGAGGGGAAGACGAGCGGUUACGCGGACGUUGAGAUCGGGACGGGUGAGGGUGGUGGGAGUGUGAAGAGCGUGGAGGUCGUGUAUCACAAUUUUACCGACGAUGGGAGGACGUUCCUCAACGGCCGGGAGUCUGCAAAGACCAGUCAGGACGGGCAGGGGAAGGCUUCUAUAUGGUGGUUUUCAGAUCUUGCACAGAGUGGAGAGACGGUGGCUACGAAGCGGACUGGCGAUGCGGGUUUGAAGGUGAACUUGAAAAUUUUUGACGUUUCUGGGUGGGAGGGCAGUUUCGAAACUACAGUUGACGGCGUUACACAUGUCAUUCCAGAUAGCGGUACAUAGAUGCUGAUAGACGAAUGCAAUAUGCAGGUCAUUGUUCAGU